CCGAAGUGUUCAGUUGUGAAAAGGUAGCGAAAAUGACAGCAACAAUAAGUAUAAUAUUGGUGUUAGUUGCUUUUCAAGCAGCCAAAUGCUCCCCACAAAAUUCAAAGCAAUGGCUCUUUGACACAAAGGCAUUUGAUGACAAACACCAACACGUUCUUAUGCCAACAAGCCUUUUAACUGGUGCUGCUGGAGUAAUUGUAGGAAGAUUGCACGAGCACGUGUUGAAAUACACAAAAAAGCCGGAGUUAGACGACGACCAAACGACAACACCACGUCCGAAGAUAACCGAUUUCAUUUCGAAAAUUCAAAAACGCUCCAUCCAAUCAGAUGAAACGGUUUUUUUAUCUCUUGAAGACACCAGUUGUGGUUGUAGCGGUAAAGUGUCUGUUGCUGACGGAAUAGCGGAACAUCUAGCUGAAAGACGAAGCAGUGCAGUUAAAACCAGUACAAACCUUGAGUUGGAAGAAGAUGCAUCGCUGAAAAACAAGUCUGAAAAAUCGAGCGAAAGUGAAGCGAAACUUAAAAGAUCAAAUUAGCGAAGAUGUUUCUUUCCUAAAAACCAACUAUUGGCCUAAAUAUGGCGAAUGUAUCCGAACAAUAGUAGAAAAAAAAUAAAAUGUUUAAAUAUCUCAUGCUUUUCGUGUCUUCUGUUUGUAUAACAAUAUGAAAGCUUAAGAAAUGCGAAGAAAACAAUGAUUACACAGCUGAUUCAAACGGUGUUCACAACGAGAAAUAUAUUGACAUAUAUAAGCAUCCAAAUUACAACUUCAGCGCAGAAAUUCAGCGCAGUGCAAAAUGGUAUUGAGGAGGUAAUGGUAUUUUGAGUCUUAGAAGCAUCUUCAUUUUCCAUGAAUUUUACAUGUUGGUUUUCAUGAAAUGCAAAUCUAUUGAACGACACAUUCUUAUUACAUUUUCAUAGAAAAAAAAUCAGUUUUAUUUCUUCGUAAAUCCAACAUAUUCGGAAAUUAACAAAUCUGCACAUUCCACUCAUGCUCAUAAAUAACAUGCACAGUUCUAUUGAAUAUGUAUGGAAUAACACAGAAUCAAUGAAUCAGACUCAUACAAUAAUGUGAUAACCAAAGGAAGUUUCGCGUGUAUGCGUGAUGUCUAUGCGUGUUUGUAUGUAUGCGAGCACACUUCCCAUUUAUGUCUGAAACACCCUCGCACGCGACAUCCACCUACAUAAUUGUAUCACAAUAGACACAGUCUAUAGUGAAAUGAAUUCGUCGAUUUGGUUUCGUACUCGACACAGCAGUGUCAAUGCUUCCAAUUUUGAGCUUCAAUCAGUAGCAAGUUUCGACAUUAUUUCAUUACUUUUUUUUUGCAAAUAAGUAAGGGUGUGUGUAAGUGAACCGAAGUCGAAUUUCCACUUUUUUAAUACAUUCCUGAAGAGAAGAAUAGUUGAGAAAAAUUCAGUGAAUAUUCGCAGUGGAAUCAAAGGAUUUCAUUGAAAGCAAUAAACUGUGCGUUUAACAUAGAAUUUGCAAUGCAAAAACCAUUCGGAGUAAACGCAGUUUUGAUUGAUUAAAACAAGGAAUCCAAGAAAAAGGUCAACACGUUUGAAAACAAAUGCUCGUUUCUUAUCAAAUAACAGCAUAUAUGGAUGUUCAGUGAAUAUAUGUUGAAUGCUCUAAAUUUACAUCGUAGCUUUUUUUGAAAGUGAUUCUCAUAGAUAAAAAGCACAAAACAAAUGAAUUUCAAUGGGAUCAUAAUUCACGCACAACUUUUCGAUAAAUAUUGCUACAACAUAAAAACAUUGAUACAUUUUUAAGUAUUCAAGAGAUUGAUUCACUAUUUGUAAAGUGUGCUAGCUGCUGAAAUUAGAAUCGAUAUUUCAUGACUGAAAACAGUCAAUCUAUAUGAAAGAAAAACUUCUUGAGAUUAUCAAAUGAACAUUUUGAAAUAAGCUGUAACGUCGGAAACAGAUUUAAAUUAAAUUAAAAUGAAACACGUCAAACUUCCUGUAUCAAAACUCUCCCACUUUUUCCUAUUAUAUGUGCACCUUGUAUACAUACCUUGAUACACAUCACACUACAUCACAUCACAUCACAUCACAUCAUCACACUCCAUUAUACUACGUUUUAUUUAUGCAAUUAGAUAUGAAAAUAUCAUUUGAACGAUUCAAAAUGGUGAAUUUUAGAAAGUUCACGUUUCAGCAACACAUAUUUAGAAGAAACUUAGCUUUUUGAGAAAAAAAACAUUUAUUGCAUGUUGAUUAUGAAUGAAUUGAUUGAAAUUAAUUUAACGUUAAUUUAAAUUAUGAGUAGUCGUAUUUCUCAGCGAUUUAAUUGUUUAGCCAUCAAAGGAAUUUAUUUUAAGGAAUAAUAACAAGAUUAUAUGCUUUACAUCAUUCAUUAUGAACUCAUAAUCUGCAAGUUAAAAAUUGAUCGAUUUACUGAUAUGAAUAUGUUGAAAUCUUAUCAAUCAUAUAUACAAAUGUUCACUACAUAAAUCCUCAUAUUUGAAGUUUUUAGAGGAAACUUCAAGGUUAAAAUUGACUAAAUACUCAUAACUUUGAAUGUCUUAGUGUUUCGAAAGAUUUCUGUGAUGAUGUCUUCUAUGAAAUCCUAAAGCACAAGUUAUAAACCAAUAAAACACUUUUCCGUGUUUCGAAAUUUGCUGCAAAAUUCAAUUUCAAUAUGCGUUAAUAAGUAAACCAAAACCGAAUGCUCUUAGUAAAUCAUUACAAAGAAAUUAUCAGCUUAUUCUACAACGUGUUUUUGCAUGAUUGCAGUGAAUAGAUUUACGAAUUAUUUUCAUUCAUAAAACUAGUGAUAGUUUGGGUAUUAUCGUUUGAUUACCAGCUAAAUUUACCUUAAAAUAAGUCAGGUGACACUUUUCAUUUUGGCAUAUAUCAUAUGAAAAAGUGUUCAUUUAUUCAUUGGUAGACUUAUGAGAAAAGAUAAUAUUAUCAAGAGUAUAUAAUCGAAAUAACCGUCAAUAGAGCUGCAAGUGUGCUGUGGUCAAUGAAAAUACAAAAUCCCUUGGCCUAGUUAUAUACUAGUUCUUAUGAAUGUUUGAUAUUAAAAGGCAUACAUUCACUGUUAUGUGUUCCGUUUAGUGAAGACUUUUUUGCUUACUGAAUGCAAUUGUUGAUUCGUUAACUUGAAUUUAUUUAAGAUCGUUUGACGUUUUUUGGAGUGCCCGCUACGAUAGCUUUCUUUUUGUAGUUAAAUGAAUGUCAUACAGUUUAGAAAAGGUUAAAGGGAUAAGUGGUUUUAAGUAAAAAUGUACGCUGCAGCUGGGGGUGCGUCGUUGGCCUCAAGGCAAAAAAGGAAAAAUCAAGCAGCUCAAAAUGUUAAAAACAAAGCUUUACUGCAGCAAGGAUUGAAAGAUCACAUUGAUAAACUUGCUGCGUCAAGAGCUUCGAAUUUAGCACCAAAAGCACAAAGUCGACCGUUCCAUAAUUUACCAUCCUCAUACCUUCGUGCUCCACAAGCACAUGUGCGAAAGCUUUCUGCCGGUUAUACGACACAAAAUAAAAUCUUAGUACCAAUAAAUGAAUCGAACAAUCAAUACUUUGCACAUUUUCACAAUCACCAUCAUCAUGCACAUGAACAUCCCUCCCUAGCACACGAACAUCAUCAAAAUCGGCCAGUCUCACCCCGGCCCAGCAGCUCAGCCUUUCAUCCAAACACACAACGUCUAACCAAAUCAGCAACCGCUUCGAUUCCGCUUGUAACACAAUACGAUCAGUCCAGUCCACCAGACAGUCCAUUAUUAUUAAAGCAUCAUGUCUAUUUUGAAAAUGACAAUGGAGACGCAUUGAGUAAAAUAAAUGUUCCUUGUAUUGUGACACCCGCUACACCAUUACCUUCCCCCGGACCACCGACUGCUGAACAAUUAGAACGUAAAUGUAGCUUCUACCGCGGAAAACAUUUAGCUUACGAGGAUCUUUUGAAAACAGAAGAUACAGACUUCGACGAGGAAUAUCAAAUAAAACAAACGGCUAAGCAAAAUAUUUUGGAAAGAUGGACCGAUUCGGAAUGCUGUGAUUCGGAGCAUCAGCACAGUAUUUGCACAUGCGAUCACAUUGAGUGUGCACAAGGACGUUCGGCCUGGCAGCUGGAACGUGGACGGCGUUGCAGCGUUUCUGAAAAUCCAGCUUCAUGCCAUCGACGAUGGGUAAAACGUAAUCGGAUACACGAUUCAUCAUUAGGCUCAUCAGAUGAUGAUGAUUUCUUGGGCGCACUGAGGGGACCCAGUUCGUUUGCAAAUGCUUUCCUAUACGUGGGCCUGGGCACAGUUGCCCUCGGUUUAGUUAUAGUGUUUGUAGGAACCGGUGAAAAGGGCUUCAAAACAGUUGAACUCAGAUUAAUUGGACCAUCGUUGAUUGGUAUCGGGUUACUUUGUUGCAUACUUCGAAUAUUCUUUUGCAUUUGUCCGUCAAAUUGUAUAUCAUCUAAUCGUCGAAAAAUGAAACAGAAAAACGCAAAAGUCGAUGUUGAUCAUACGACAUCAUUGCUUUGUGCUGACAAUAAGCGGGUGUCGAUAGCACGAACGGCACAGACGCAAUAUCCGCAAGAGGCUCUAGACUUCUUGAAAAAACAUCCAAAUAGCAAGAUGAAUGAAGGAAUGGAAACUCUGCGAGAAAUUGCAACCACUUCAUUGUUUUUACAAAGUGAAAAGAACAACUUUACUUCAGCAAUAGAUCCGAGAAAGAAUGAAGAGAAGCUGGAAGUUAUAAGCAUUAGCGAUGAAGAAGAAAAUGGAGCAUUAGUAAAGUUAAAUCACAAUUUUCACGGAACAGCUUCUAUAUUGGAUGCAGCAAUAAAAACACCAGACACAUCAUUUGUGUUAGAGCCAGUGCGAGAAGAACAAACACGACCGAAUAAAUUAUCUAGAUCACGGGCACCUUUGAACCAACAGAAAUGUAAAAACACAAGCAGUACGAAGAUUGUGCUAUCAACAAUGGAUGAGACAUCAUUGACUUCAACCGGACAUAACGAAAAUGAUGUAGGCUAUGCUAGUACCACAUUAUCAUUGGUUCCUUCUCAACCAUUGGUUCCUUCCUUAUUGGUUGAUGGUAAUUCGUUAGCAUUAAACAGAAUGGACACAAUAAAGCCUACACAAGCAUCGACGACACAAUCAGUGGUAACUUCAUUUGCCAGCAGUUUUGAGCCCGAGCUUGUUCUUAGCCCUGCAAAAUUAGGCCAAUAAUUAUAUGAAAAAAAAUAGUGGAUGGUAUUUGAAUAAUAACUAAAUAUUAAGAAAAUUUUUAAUAAUAAUGAGACUGUAUGAUAAAUUUAAACCAUUUAAAUGCGAAAUCGAAUUGCUUAGACGAUAUAUCAUACAAAUAACUUUGAAAAUUUGACACAGAAUAAUUUGGCACAUCGAUUGAAAAUAAGAAGAUGAAAAGAAGUCGUUCUAAUGAAUCUUCUAUAGUUUUCUGCGAGAGUCUCCAAGAUCAAAUAUGUUGGAUUCCAUGUUUUUUUCGUAAAACAAUUUCUUUAGAACUUGAAAGCAAAUAUUGAAAUUUAGAUUUCGCUAAAUUUGGAAAUUGUAUGAGUCUAUCAUCUAUGUUAAUUCGAUGAUAUUUCUUUCUGUUUAAACAAUGUGUUCCAACUAGUUUUCUUACUCAAAUCUUGUAUUGGAUUUUUAUAUUUAUUAUUUUCUGUUCUUUUUAUGUUGAAGCCGAAGAACUUUUCUAAUUGACAAUCAUGAAGAACCUUUUGGUUGAAAUAAGAUUUUGAAAAGAAUGUAUUUCUGUCCGAAAGUGCGAUUUUUUUAAGCAAUCCUGUUAAUUUUUUCAAAGAAGCAAGGAUUCUUUAUUCGCACAUAUCUCAAAUGUUUCAAUUGAAUAUGAUUUUUUUUUUAAUUUUCGUUUAUAUCAUUUUAAUUCUCUUUCUAUCUAUCAUUCCCGAAACUUGAUGAAAUUAUUACUAAUUGAAGAAAAUUGCAGUAAAAUACAUAUUCGGGCAUCCAAAAUAAAGUUGAUCGCUUACCACAAUAAAA